AAUCAAUUCUCAUCAUAUGGACAACAGCCAAGGUCCAGUCCUUACUACAAGAACUGGUCAAUGUCUCCAUGGAUGCAGUCACCAAAUAACGUAGCCUCACCCACUUCUGCAAAUAGCCCUGGUAUACCAACCAUGGGGCAAAAUCCAGGUCCCCUUCCCACUCACUCACCUGACCAUCAUCUAUCACAAAUGCUUCACACUCCUGGAACACCAGGUGAUAAUCAAGCAGGAGCACCAUACCAGCGUGGCAUGUCUAUGAGCCCUCCAAAUCAUCUUAGCAGAAUUGCUAACAUGAGUUCUCCAAGUCCAGGACCAGUAAGCAUGAAAAUGACCAGUCAAGGAAUGACGAUGGUGUCGCAGAAUCAAGGAAUGCCUCUACAACAUCGUAAAAGUAAAAGCCCUUUUCAGCACCCUGGGACCCCACCUCCAUUGAGAUCAUCCCCACAGCCACCUCCUGCCCAUAAUCCCCUGUACAACUCUCCUACUGCUAUGACUGCAGGAAACCCAUUCUCUAGUCAAGGUGGGCCUCAUGGUCCUCCCUCCUGCUUCAAAGGCAAAUUGUCUCCCCAUAGUAUGUACUUAGAGCAUAGAGAGUCAGAAAUAGGCUCCUAUACUGGACCGUCAAAGGGACUUGCUGGUAAAAAUUUUAUGAUGUCUGGUAAUAUUAGGCCAUCAGAUUCUACCCCAUUCUUAGAACCUACAGGUCCUGCUCCUAGGGCACAUUCAAGUCUUGGUAAACUCUCCAGUAAUAACCCUAUUG